GAAUUGAAAGAAGCUGGAGCUGAUUUUAAGGUAAUUGUUAAAUAUGCUAAAUUUUCAGAUCUUACUCAAGCAUCUAAUGAAAUUCAGAAGAAGGAACUUGAUCUCUCCAAUGUGAUUAUGAUGUUGAGCAUGAGACCUGCUGAAGUUACUACUCUUUGUAUUAUCCAUUGUGAAGAAGCCAAGCUUCAAGUCAUUGACUCAUCAGACCCUCCAGAAUGGUACAAACCUGGUCAUUAUUGGUAUUGUAUGGGAUAUGUUAAGAAUAAGGGAGAAGAGAAGGUUAAUCCUGAGCCUUUACAAUUCCUUUCCAUGGAAAAGAAUCCAGAAUGUGCAAGAGAAUUGCUUACUUGGAUUCAAGAUGCUAUAGCAACCAAAAAGUUACAUGAUCCUGUAUAUGGGAGCAAACAUGCUUCUAGAGUUCAUGGUAGUCAAAAUCCAACAGCCCAACAUCUUAGUUUACUUUGUAGAAUUCCAAUGAGACAAAAGAUUGACUGUUAUUCUUAA